CUGUUCUAAACCCUACGUUCCGGUGUUUCGAUGGCGAUGAAGAUUGCUGAGGCGAUUUCUGAAGUUAUGCUCGUAGCAUGUGCAGGAUGGUAUGUACGCUCCGCCUUCAUGGAAUUUGGAUACCAAAAAUCUGCAGAUGAAGUUUUGCUAAAGGUCACUAAGGUGCACCAAGAACUCUCAAAACUUCAGGAUGAAAUUUCUGUUAAAGCAGAUUCUUACAGAUGCACAAUUGUUAGUGAUGCACAAAGAUUUAACUCCUUAGGCAAUAUCACAUCACUUAUUAUUCCCAGUGUGACCAUUGGAGCUUUAGCCUGUGGAAUCAUAUGUUUUACGGAAGUUAUACUACGUGAGAAACUAAAUAACAGGGAACAACAAAUCUAUAACCUGAACCCACAUCUUAAGGGUUUGAAACCCAUUGACUUUGCUCAAGAGGAGAGGUUGGUAAGAUAG